AGAUGCGACAGCACGCUUCCCAAUUCUCUUCUUGGACUGUUGAAAACCGGGGUCCUAAUGAACACUUUUUGGCGUGGAACGACAUUACGCAGGCCCUCAUCUCUACAGGAUAGCUGGCAGACCUACGUCGGGAAUCGAACAAUGCCUGCCGGACAGGCCGCGAAGGACCAGUCUCCGACACGCUCUUGACACAAGCCGAUGAUUCGAUUUGCACUACCGAAGUGUCCGCAUCCGAAAGCCAACAUCUCGUUGGUCUGUACUCGCUGGGCCGUCUCUGCUUUCACUAUUUACGUUCUCGCGCAAAGCAGACACAAUUGUUUACGUAUAUUCCUCUCCUUCGCCAUCUCUUCGGGCCUGAUCCUGCCAAGACAGAACAAUUCUAUCACAGACCCGAGUAUCCGCGCGCUAGCAACUCAAGUCUGGUGCAACCAUGCUGAGCUCGGCAACAUCUUAAUCGACAUUGGCCAGUACGCAGACUUGACUUCUUCAAACACAAUACCGGCCAUGCCUGAAAUAGAGAAUAUUGUUGCCAGAACUACUAAUGCGAUCAAUUCUGUGUUAGAUACUGAAUUCUAGGACAUAAGGUAGAUUUUCACCCGCUGAAUAAAAAAUUGAUAAAGACGUCUAGUGGCGCAUUGAAGUUCAUCUCAUCAUUCGUAAGAUAAGCUAGUAACACUCUGGGAGUUCCUCAAAGCUUUCGAUAUAUAUGAAAUGGGUCAAACUAUAUUUCAAAACAAGCUCUUCGCUCCCCUUCGUUCCUUCGUUCGUAAUCUUUCCGCUUUUAUUCAUCUCCUAGCGCCUUGAGAUCGCUAGAAUAGACUUGUUUGAUAAAUUCUUUAUUAGCUAAUCAAACGGUGAAGUGCCAAUGGAC